CAGCGCUAUGAUCUGGGGAUUCCUCUCUGACACCUACGGAAGAAAACGUCUUCUGGUCAUAGGUUAUUUGCUGGAUGCGUUCUUCGCCCUUAUAGCCGGAUUGACGCAAACCUUCCCGAUGCUCCUCUUCGCCAAAUUCAUGGGAGGCUUCAUAAUCAACGGUCCUUUCGCCGUCCUAACAACCAUCCUCUCCGAAUUCCACUGCGCCAGAUACAGGGCGCGAGUCGUCCUCUUCAUGGGCAUCAUCUUCAGCACGGCCAACGUCCUGUUGCCUCUCAUCUCUUGGGCUCUGCUUCCAAAUCCGAUAGAAUUGAAGUUCUUCGAUGGAGCUUUCGUGAUGCACACGUGGAAUUUCUACCUGCUGCUCGGCGGAUUACCUAGUUUGAUUAGUGGAAUUUGUCACAUGUUCCUGCCGGAAAGUCCUAAAUUCCUGAUGACCGCCGGAAGGAACGAAGAAGCCAUGGCCGUUUUCCAGAAGGUCUACAGCAUGAACACGGGAAAUCCACCGGAGACUUAUCCGGUGAAAGCUUUGAUCGAGGAAACUGCGAACGGCGUGGAAACGAAUCGAUUGCAAGCGUUCAAGAACGGUUUCACGCAUAUGAAGCCGUUGUUCUUGAAGCCGCAUCUUCCGCGGAUCAUUUUAGUGUGCGCGAUCCAAUUCGGAACGAUGCUGGGCUUGAACACUCUUCGUCUUUGGCUUCCGCAACUAUUCACAGCUAUGGCCGAUUACGAAACUCUUCAUCCGUCCCAAGAAGCGAGCAUUUGCGAAAUGCUGGACAUGGUUAAACCCAAUGUAACUGAAACGGGAAUGGGCGAAUGCUUUGUUAACUAUAAUAUGGAUUCGGUUUAUAUUAACGCGAUUAUAGUUGCAAGCGUAUCAAUCUUGGGGUAUUCCUUCGUCGGUAAUCUUCUUACGGUUUUGGGAAAGAAGCGAGUUUUAAUUAUGCUUGGCUUCAUUUGCGGUGUACUUGGAAUUUCCAUCUACUUCGCGCAAAACUCGCCGGCGAUGAUCUCCAUGUCUAGCAUAAUGAUAGCCUUGGCCGGAAUCAACACCAACGUUAUUCUCACUGUUAUAGUGGACUUAUUCCCGACCAGUCUCAGGACGAUGGCCGUGGCUCUGAGCAUGAUGACCGGAAGAUUGGGAGCGAUGGUCGGAAACGCGAUCUUUCCACAUCUGAUUUCCGUCGGUUGUUUACCGCCUUUCCUCUUCAUCGGCCUCGGCACUUUGUCUUCGGCCGUUUUGGGUUUCCUUCUACCGAAAACGGACAUGAAACCUUUAGAAUAAGAGAUUAAUAAUUUAUUGACUAAAACUCUGUGACACGUAGAUUUUAAAAACACAAAAUAAAUGAGAGAA